AAAUUUAAAAAAACUUUCCCCAUCUCUCCGCUGGGGGCGGGGCUCACCUGCCCCGUGCGCACACCUGCAACCCGGAAGUGCUGUGACGUCAGCCGCGUUGAAGGCAUGGCUCAGGAAUUCAUCGCAAGAAAAUCCUGCUCGACCUGAUCGACGAUCAUCUCACAUUUAUCCAGCCCACGUCCCCAGAGAGUCGUCACACCGCCGGGUCCCUCUCACACACACACACAGACAGACACAGACACACUCCGGGCCGAGCAGGUGGUUGUUGUGAGUCCCUCUUACUUUCUCUCUAAGUGGGAAGUUAAGUUUGAAUUGGAAGAUGUCCGCGCAGAGUAUUUUACCCGACGAGGCGGUGUUCGCUGACUUCAGGCUGCAGUGCCUCUCCACCGACAGCUGCUGGCUGAAGAAGUACGACAACAACAGCGACAUGCAGGUGUGGGUGGAACAUCCCCCGUCAAAGAAAGGAAACAACGUCCCCAGAAACCACAGGAUCAAGUGCAAGAUGACCAUCAGGGACGUGUCCGCCGCCGCCAUGUACGACGUCCUCCACGACGGCGCGUACCGCAAGAAGUGGGACCCCACGAUGCUGGAGAGCCGCGACAUCGCCCGGCUCUCUGCUAACGCUGAUGUGGGCUACUUCGCAUGGCUUUGUCCAAACCCGAUAAAGAACCGAGAUGUGGUGACGCUGCGUUCGUGGCAGGUGAAGGAUGAAGAGUACAUGAUCGUUAACUUCUCAGUCAAACACCCGAAAUACCCACCGUGCAGAGACCUCGUCAGGGCCAUUUCCAUCCUCACUGGCUAUUACAUCAAGCCCAUAGGACCCAACUGCUGUGUCUUCGUAUACCUUUCACAAGCCGACCCCAAAGGUUCUCUUCCAAAGUGGGUGGUGAACAAAGCAUCUCAAGUCAUGGCUCCGCGGGUGAUGAAGUGUUUGCACAAGGCGGGAAAGAACUACCCCGAGUGGAAGCAGCAGAACUCCCCCGACCAGAAGCCCUGGCUGUACCCGGAGCAGAACACGCUGCCCAUGAUGGACCCCGCCGAGCUGUCGAUACAGCGAGCCGACUCGCUGGAGAACGUGGACGAGAGCUCCAAGGUGGAUGCGCAGGACAGCGAGGACAGUAGUUGAAUUGAAGUGAAGGAAGGAGGGAGCGGAGGAUGGACUGAUUAUCCUCGUGAAAACAAAAAGACUUGAGACCUCCUACUGUGUGACUUCGCCCUAAUCCUCCAGUUUUCCACAUCCGAGUGCCUUUUGGGAUGAGCAUGAAGUACAAAGUGUUUACAGCGGUCUUAACAGUAGGAAGUGAGGACAGAUCAAGUUGCCAUUCACCUCGUUCUAUGUUGAACUAAGCUAAACAUGUCUCCAGUGUUCGCCACUGGUGUGAUGUCCUUACAGUCGGUGUUACAGGUGGUGGGGUUUGAAUGUUGGCCUGGUGGAAGCUUUACAUUUACAGUGGCGACUCUGCCUGGCCGUGCAGUCGCAUCUACAUAACAUGUGCACGAACACGUUUUAAAAUGAUAGGAAAUGAGUAACCUUUAAUGAGGGACUAAAAAGAAGUAAGAUGAAGUACUGUCAUCGGUGAAAGUGAAGUGAAAUACCUAAAUUUCGAACGCCACAAUUGCUUGUCAAAACAUAGACUAUUUACCCAACCUUUUUAUUCUUAGUCAACUAAAUUGUCGUAUCCUGAACUGAGCACACAUAAUAGUCACUUUUAUUUAGUUAAAUCACAUUAUUAUUGUUGGUUACAGUUUUAAACCGGCUUCAUGAUAAUGAGAUUACAUGAAACAUCCUGUUUGUGCAGCAGCUCAGAGUAUCGGCCGUGAAACUGAAGAACAAUUUUUUGGGGGGGUGCCUAAUCCAAAACAAAACAAAAAACCUCGCUGUCAUUACGUUUGCCACCGAUUUUGUUUUUUAAAUGUGAAUUUUAUUGUUAAACACGUACUUAAUUUUAUUUAGUCAUGAUAAGUAACUAAGAGUAGUUCUGCUCCAUCCUUAUGUAAUACAGGAGGGCUGUGUGAAGGUUCAUUGUGACGUGCAAUUAUAGAGUAUUUAUUGUAAUUCCUAUAUAAAUUAUAUAGACUUGGCAUUGACAUUUAAGGAUUAGAUCAGCAGUUGAUCUGUGAGAAUGACAAAUGGAGUUGGGUUGUAUUAACACAUAAAAUGUUAAGAAGUUUGCAUUUUUGUCAGCUAAAUACCACUUUGCCUGAAGGCCCUUGAUUUUUGUUUUAUAUAUUUAUUUGAAGUUACUCUAAUCUUAGAUGAAGCCAUGUUGGAGAAACGACGCUGGAGUGUCGUCCCGCAGGCUGAGAUUGUUUAGUAUUUGCUUCUUAAGAUAUAUGUUAUAAACAACAUUUCAUGGUCUUGA